UAUAACGUCAUCAUGACACCCAACAGGGAGCGUAUUAUAAUUUGUGUAAUAUGGUUGUACUCUUUUAUCAAAAUCACCACAACACUGUCUUUAACUAUUUGUUUGCAAUUAUGUGGAAACUUUGUAGACAAAGUGUAUUGUGACAACUACCUGGUAGUGAAAACUUGCCUGAACAGUUAAUAGUAUCUAUGGACUGUAAGGGGAAAGAUCCUGUAUAACCUCUUUAAGCUUGUAUAGCAGAGACAAUAUAAUGAAGAUUUACUUUACUAGUUCUUAAUUGUCACGAUCGUCGAAGGAGGACCAAGGCGCAGCGUGGAAUGCGAACAUAUUUAUUAAUUGAUGAUCACACGAACAAUACAACAAAACGAAAACGUGACGUCCCUGGUUACAUUUACAACCGACACGGAACAAGAAACCACACCAAAUGAAUGCCUAACGGCUACUUAAGUAUGGCUCCCAAUCAGAGACAACGAGCUACAGCCGUCUCUGAUUGGGAGCGACCCUGGCCAACAUAGAAAUACAACAACUAGAACAAACACAAAUGAAAACUCACACCCUGGCUCAACAUACUAGAGUCCCCAGAGCCAGGGCGUGACAUUAAUACUAAACUUUGUUAUGCACAUGCGCUGUAUGAGCCUUAAACCUGUACAUUUCCACUGUCUGUUUGAAGGUCUUGUAAGAAGGAGCUGGUAUUUUUCCACUCUGCCUCUGUUCAACUUAGUCACACGGUCAAGACAAAGGGCAGUCUGAGAGUGACCAGUUUUUGGUCCAUCCUUUCCUUCUCGUAUCUUUCAAGGGCACAGCGGUGUGGAGAUAUGAGGUGAACAGAGGCUGGCUUGAACAGAGAGGAGUAACGGAACUCAAGUUAUCACUUGUUUGUGCACUAUAACCCGAAACACAUAGCCACAAGAAGAAAACAAGGUAGUUUAUGAUGCCCUGAUCUGCUGGGGAGGGGUGGAAACGGCCAUGACUAAGCAUUUUUAGGUCCACUAUAUAAGACCUCAGCAUUUCCUUCAUUUUUGGACACUCAACAAUCACCUAUGGGUGGUCGUUGACCAGCUCCAUUAUUGGAAUAAUUAAUAGAUAUUAAAUACAGAUUGAUUGUUUGAAGAAACUACUGUGUCUCUCCAACUUGGUUAGAAUUUCCACGACAGGACUCUAUUGUGUUGUUUUGUCUGUAGGUGUGCCUUUAAAUACUAUUUUGUUUUCUUAUAUUAAGAUUCUGACUGUUUGUUUGAAAUCUUCCAUCGAGAACAGACAGAAGGCUUUCAGCACCUGUUCUCCUCACCUGGCCUCGCUGCUCAACUAA